AUGAUGUAUGGCCCAGUGCCUCCAAGGCCAAAGAAAACCAGCAUCGUUCGCUCACGUAAUGGGUGUAAAGGCUGCCGCGAACGAAGGACCAAGUGCGAUGAGCAGAAGCCAUCUUGUGGGACAUGCACCAGGUUAGGGAAGUGCUGUGAACCUGUUCGCCGUGGAUUCAAGUUCUGCGAGGUAGCUGGGCCGACAUCAGGGGAAACUUCUACCCGGCUAGAGGAUCGGAUAUCGACACCCGCAACGAGCGAAGACUCCGAUCAACCGAUUGUCGAUUUAGUCCGGAUCCCUAGUCUGGAUCUUGUCAAUUCCCUGCAUCAUACGGAGAGGGAUGUGUUCUAUUCAACAUAUUGGGAAGACGCUUGUCUCCCGGCUUUACAUCCGAUGUUCGGAUCAAUCUCCUUUUCAGCUGGGGAACAAUCGAUGUUGAAAGACACUAUUCUAGCGCUGUCAUCAUGCAAUAUAAGCCGCAUUAAGCCUGAUCGUCGAGGGCCAUCUACCCGGCCCGUGGCGGCUUUCAGUCCGAAUCUCGUCCACCAGACCAGGAGUCAGCUGUACUACUCGUCGGCCAUAAAAAGGUUUAUCUCGCUAAACCGCUCUGACGUUCGGUCCAAUGCGGUAAUAGUCUUCACCGUGCUUGUUUUGUUUGCUUACAUCGAAUCUUCGAUGGGUAAUUUCCAGGGUUUCCAGUGCCAUGUACAAGGGUUGACGAGCUUUCUCUUGGAGUUGCGUGAGGUGAUGGGGGGCACCAUGCUAAAAGCCCUUCUAUCAGCAUGGAUGCAAGUUCGUUUUGUUGUUUGGUGGGCUCGUGCCUAUUUCAGCUCAAUCAAUGUUUAUCGGGAUCUGCCAUCUGUACGACUGCCGGCACUGCUUGCAGAAAAUUUUAAUACGAUGCAAGAACGGCGCGUUGUGGUCCUGGGCAUCAUGUGUGAAUCGCAUCGGCUGAAUUCCAGGGAGGCCCUUCGCCAUUGGGAACCGGACACCAACGACAAUGAAUCAGAAAUUCCCAGUCACCAGACCGGUGUCAGAAAAACAGCAGACACUAUUUUUCUCCAGCUGGCUGAACAGGCGAACAAAUUGGACGAGUGGCUCGCGUGUCUCCCGCCAUCAGAACUACCAUAUUCCGUGUAUUCGAAGCAAAGCAAUUCUCCGCAACGCGUCUUCGACAACACUGACGAUCCCAUCUAUUUCGAGUCUCACAACGCGGCUCUCAACUUUGCAUAUUACGUGGUCGCACGAAUAAUGCAAUGUACCGGUUUGUUGCGAGGGCUUGAAAAUCCGAGCAUCUUUCACUCCGCGCCUAUACUUUUCGAAGAAGAAGCGUGGGUACGCUUCUUACUACGAGUUGCAAAGGGCACCAAUAUCACAGAUUCCAUCUCGAAAAACAGUUAUACAAUCGGUUUCUCUGGCCUGAUGCUUGCUGCGAUGCUCCGGUGUCAGGACAUCUCUCUCGGGGUCGAUAUCCAAAACUGGCUAGAGGCAUUACAACGCCUGCAGCCUACAGAGGAAGGUGCGUUCCCUGUUUACCAGACUUUGGGAGUUGUAAAAGCAGUCAAUCAGCAGAAGAUGAUAGGGCGCGACAUAUUUAGCGUGACACUGCCGUCAGACGACGCGGGGGGAACACCGAAGCUCACUGCUUAUAAUAGCCAAACUAUUAGCACUCUGCUGUUUCAUGGGAGAUGUCAAAGUUCAGGGGAGCUCUUUACAGACUGUAUCUCGAUUGACUUAUAG